UUCAGAUUUGAAUUGUAGUUGACCAAUCGGAUAGAAGAAAGGAUAUACCGCUGCAGUUUGAGAGUGCUUCGGUAUAGAAUGAUGUUUUGAUAAUGUGAAGUAAGAGAACAAGUAUAUAAAAAAAGAAUGACACAUGAAAGGUGUGUGAGGGUAUGUGAUAAGUGACUGUAGGCUCGAGUAUAUGAGUAGGCGCAGAAGAAAGAUAUUUUACGGAUGUUUGUGGAAGAAAAGAACCUGCAAGGAAGUUGUGUUGUGAUCUGACAGAGUUGUUAAAUGCUUAAGUUUAUGCUUAACAAGAUGGUACAGUCGUCGGAGAAGAAUGUAAUACGACUGGCGGUAGUUCAGCAUCUCCGCCAGUAUGGAAUUAAAAUUAAAAACUGGAAUUCGAAACAAAGUAGUUACAAUAGUAGUAAACACUCUUGCCACGGCCACAAAGAUUCGGGCAGAUUGUUCGGAGCACCACUGCAUUCAUUGCCUCAUUCUCUUGUGUCAGAAUUUGGUAAUAUUCCAAGUUUUCUUUCUGAUGCUUGUCGGUCUCUAGAACAACAUCUUCACACGGAAGGUCUGUUUAGAAAAAGUGGCUCUGUUCUUCGGCUUAAAGCUUUAAAGGCUAAACUGGAAGAGGGUGGGAGAUGUAUACAAACAGCUUUGCCGUGUGAUGUGGCAGGUCUUCUUAAGCAGUUUUUUAGAGAACUGCCAGAGCCAGUAAUUCCUAUGGAUUUACAAGAAGCUCUCUUUAAGGCCCAGGAACUUGGAAAAGAGGAGAAGAUAAGUGCUACUCUGUUGAUCUCGUGUCUUCUUACUGAGAAAACAACUGACAUUUUACGCUAUUUUUUCAAGUUUCUGAAAAAUGUUUCCCUCCGAUCUGAAGAUAACAAGAUGGACAGCAGUAACUUGGCUGUAAUAUUUGCUCCAAAUCUAAUGCAUUCGGCAGAGUAUAAUGAAAAGAUAACAGUUGGCACAGAGAAGAAACUUCGACUACAGGCUUCAGUGAUUCAGACUUUUAUAGACCAUGCAGAUAGUAUUGGAGUUGUACCUGAAUUUAUUCUAGAAAAGAUACCUGCUAUGCUUGGUGUCGAACCUGGUUGUUUAACUCCGUCAGUUGAAAGUCUUGAAGAAGCAGAAUGCGAAUCACCCAAAAGACAAAAAAGGAGGAGUGUGGGAGAUAUGGUUAGUGGAGCGCUGAAUAUACUUAAAUCUAACAGAACACCCUCCACUACUCCUCUGCCUGACAGAACUGGGACCCCUUUGAUUCUUACACCAAGCACAAAGCGGAAACUGGCUGGUGAUUCUACUCAAGGGUUUUCUACUAAGAAACUCCGUUCCCUGAAGCAAAACUUGGCUGUAGAAUUAUUGCCCAGUACAUUUUUUAGUACUGGUUCCACACCUUGCUUAACUCAGUACCAAGGUUGUGGUCGCUUGUCUGAAUCCAAUCUGUGUGUUUCUUCUGAAUCCUAUCAGAAUUCAUUUUCCCCCUGUGCUAGCAGCAGCAGACAUAAACUAGGUUCAGCAAAUCCACGCCGAAGUAAAAGACUUGAAAAUAAAAAAAUUCACAGAGUUGAAUCUGGAAAGACUGGAUGCUUUUCUCCAAAAAUUAAUAGAAAAGAAUUGGUUCGUAAAUCUUUACGUCUUCGCUUCAGCAUUGGAAAAACAGGUCGAGAAUCCAACAUACUGUCUGGGUUUCCUGCUUCUAAUGGUUCUGAAAACAUUGGCUGGCGUCUUGCAAAUCAGCAGGAAUCUGAGAGUUCUACUAAGAUUCUGAAGGAAGAUCAAGGAUUCAGUCCCAUUAUGAAAGAAAUGACUGUAAAACAGGGUUCAGGCUAUCCAAGUAAAUCGCAGGAUAAUUCAUUUACACCAAAAAAUGAUGAUUCGUUAGUACAGUGGAUGUCUUGGAAUGAAGCCAGUAAUUCAGAAUCUCAAGAAAUAAAUAACAGUUUAAAUGCAGCAACACCACUGGGUAUAUACUUGAAAUCAAAAAAAUGUUUUUCUAAACCUGUAUUAGCUGCUGGAAAGCCUCCUAUUAUCCCAGUUGAUUAUGAAAAUCUUGAAGUCACUACGCCAAGAGACUCUCUGAGUGGUGAUGAAAACAGUUUAGCUGUUGAAACACUAGACAAGAUUAAAAAAGCAUUUUCUGAAACUGGAAGCAAUCUCUGCACUCUGAUUGGUGACAGUAAAUCCUCAAAUUUACUAGAAGCUCAUGUAGAGAACUCUCAUGUUGUGGAAGAAUUUAAAAUGCAUCAAAGUGAGAGCAGUUUUUGUAAGAAAGCUUUUGAUGAAGAUGGAACAAGUUCAGUAAUUGAAAAACAAAUGGAAAUGUUAAAGUGCUGUGACAAACAUGAUCAUAUAUUUAAAAGCAGUGAGUCUCUUGUGCAGAAUUCAAUCACUGAACUCUCAAGUAGUCUUCUAAAUGACCUAACAGAAUCUCAAAUUCUGCCAGAGAGAGCAUUGCUAAGUAGUCCAGUUAAAGAACAGCUUCUACAUUUGAGUAAUGCUGCAGAACAGUUUGUGAACUCUCAGGAAUGUUAUUGGAGUCUAAGGGGGACUAAUGAAGUUCAGUCUUCUGUGCAAACUGCUGAAGAUAAUCAGUUAUGCAGCAUAGUAGUUUCUGCAGAGGAAACACUUCAUACAUCAAGUGGCCAGUCUUGUAAUGCAUUAGAAUACAUAAAAAUCCAGAAAGAUACAAAAGCUCAUCUGCCAGAAGCUGUAGAAACUGUUAAUCACCAUCGAGGCAAGGUAGCUGAGCAUAUACAGCGGUUUAAUAGACUUUCUUUAGGUGACAGUGAUUCAAGUAAAAAAAUAAAGUCCCCUCUUAAAUUUCAACGUACCCCAGUACGUCAGUCUGUUCGAAGGAUUAAUUCUUUGCUAGGUUGUAACAGACAGGUGGAGUUUCAAAAUGCAUCUAUCCGUCUGCCUAUUAGAAGAAUUCAUUCCUUUUUGGACAGUAAUACACAGGUGAUGAGGACUGGGAUGAAAUGUGAAGAAACGUUUCCUACCACAUCAUUGGUUAAAUCAGGAAUCUAUGAAAGUGCUUCUUCCUGUGCAAAAAGAUACUUAAGCAAUAGUGCAUAUUCGUUGAUGCAGUCAAAUGACACGCAAGAUGAUGAAUCCUUCCCUUUAAAGCAUUGCCAUAGUUCAAAGAAAACUUGUAUUCCAGAGCUCAUUUCCUCUUCAGCAGGUACCCCAGAAAGUCUAAAGAUCGUCAAGCAGAUGAACCUCACUGUAUUACCAAAAGCUUCAAUAUUAGAAGACUUGACCAAUCAGAAAGAAUCAAAAAUAAUUGCAAGGUAUUCUGGAUCUUUCAAAAAUAAGAGUACAAUUCGGACACCACAGAAGACCCCUAAUAAAUUUACCUUUAAUCAGUUUUCUGACAAAGAAAAGUCACGAUAUAGAGGGUCACCAAAAUAUCCAAUUCCUUCAAACAGACUAGUAACUACUUCAAAUUCUAUUGCUUUAUAAAUAAGUUAAUAUCCGUAAUAUAUGUGCUUGAGACUGGUUUAACUGUUACUGUUACUGUAUGAAUGAAAUUAAUUAUUUGAGCAGUUUAUAUUAUUCAUUUUAAAACAACUGCAUGACUGUCUAAUGCGAUUAUGGUAAGAGUGCCUUUUGCAAAGACGUAUUUUUAUAUUUCUAAUUUAAGUUCUUAUCUAAUUAUUGUAAGUUGCAAUGUUUUCAUACAGUUGUGGAAAACGGAACCUGUUUGAGUAAUGGUUACAGAUGAAUUGUUUACAGUCCUCAUUUUUUUCCGAUAUUUAUGUUCUUGAAACUGCAACAUUUUCUUUUUUUUUUUCCUUUAGA